UCAAGGCUAUCAGUCCUCUCUCUCUCUCUCUAAUCAACAGUCAGCUAUUUUUUGAAGAGGAACGCCGUCAGAAUGAACACGCUGAUGGAUGCUAUGCAUGGCUAUGGUGUGAGCUCCACACAGUAUCUACAGACUCACUACAAAGACGCACAGGGCUGGUUCCUGUUUGUCUCCAUUGCUGCUGACCUACGCAACACCUUCUUCAUCUUCUUCCCCAUUUGGUUCCACCUGAGGGCAUCUGUGGGCAUCAAACUCAUCUGGGUGGCCGUCGUUGGGGAUUGGCUCAACCUUGUCUUCAAAUGGAUCCUGUUUGGAGAGCGGCCCUACUGGUGGGUCCACGAGACACCCUACUACAGCAACAUGUCUGUGCCGCACAUUGAACAGUUUCCCAUGACCUGCGAGACAGGCCCAGGUAGUCCAUCGGGUCAUGCUAUGGGUGCAGCUGGAGUUUACUAUGCCAUGGUCACCUCCAUCCUCACCAUCAUGCUGAGCAAAAAGGAGACAUGUUCCACUAAGGCACUGUACUUGCGUGGCACCCUCUGGACUCUUUUCUGGACCGUUCAGAUCUGCGUUUGUCUCUCUAGGGUCUUCCUUGCUGCCCAUUUCCCUCAUCAGGUCAUUGCUGGGGUAAUUACAGGUAUGAUCGUGGCUGAAGUCUUCAACAAGCAGAGGUGGAUCUACUAUGCCAGCCUGCAGAGGUACUUCAACAUCACUCUGGUCCUGCUUGUUUUUGCUGUAGGCUUUUACGUUCUCCUGAAGGCUGUGGGUGUGGAUCUGCUGUGGACUCUGGAAAAAGCUCAGAAAUGGUGCGUGAACCCAGCGUGGGUCCACAUGGACACGACGCCAUUUGCCAGCCUGCUGCGUAACAUGGGCACCUUGUUCGGUCUGGGCCUGGGUCUGCACUCGCCACUCUAUACUGAGAGCAAGAAGAGCACCAGUGCCCCCUUCAGGGUCGGUUGCAUAAUCAGCUCUCUCCUCCUGCUCCACCUAUUCGACUCCAUCAAGCCACCGACGCACACAGCUGCACUCUUCUAUCUGCUCUCGUUCUGUAAGAGUGCCACUGUUCCGCUGGUCACCGUCAGCAUCAUUCCGUACUGCGUGUCCGGAGCCCUGAGUUUACCAAGCAAGAAACACCUCUAAAAGAACUUCUGAAAGACAAUUCUAGUAAGAACACAAACCCUCAGCAGUAUUUUCUAGCUUUCAUUCUUUACAGCACAUCUCUUCAGCUAUACUAACUCAACUUCAACACCAACAUGUGCUUGGUUUGGUUUUCUUCUCCCCCUUCCCCUACCCCACCAAACAAAGAAAGAAGACUUCCUUAAGCACUGUAAAAAGUUGUUUAUUGCUCAGGAUUACGGUGUUGUGUUUAGAUUACUGUUUUAUUUAAUCUCAUAACUCGUAUCUUAGUGCUCUUUAAGUGUACUGAGAAUAGGCUUGGCGUCUAGCCCAAGCACACAAAUGCUUUUAGAUGAGGUUCGUUUUUAAGAACUGAGAUGUAUUACUUUAUGACAGGGAUGAAGAGCAUUGUUUUAUUUCACGCAAUCAAACAGAAAGUUCUGCUUGCCUGUAUUGUGAAAUCCCUCAUUUUUGUCUGUGUGUAUGGAAAUGAUAGUUGCUUGUGCCUUCUGUAAAAUUCUAUUUUUGAAAACAUUUAUUUUUAAUAAAACAUUCAAAAUAUA